AUGGGCGCGUCGGGCUCACAGAUGUCGACGGUUCCUUCUUCAGAGGUACCUACCCCGGCCGUACCAGUCAGACCCACCCUUGCAGCGUUCGCUGUUCCACCAGCGGUACCACCUGCGACAUACCCGACACCUCCUCCAGCUGUGCUUACUACGUACCCGGCACCACAGCCACCUGUGCCUGCUACUGCAUACUCGACCCCCAUAUUAGCGGUACCAGUCACUCCUCCAGUACCACCAUCUACCGUACCUCCAGCCCCUACUACCUAUAUUGAUCCUGCAUGGCCACCAGCGGUACCGUCCUCGGCUGAUGCAGCAGCACCAGGGGUACCUACCCCGGCCUAUCCAGCGAUACCACCUAUAGUACCAACUCCAGUGGUACCGUCGGUUCCCGCAGCAGUCCCUACUCACCUUACCGAUAUAAUUGCGGCACAAGCUCAGAUCCCAACUUUGACAGAAUCGAUGAAAAGUUGA